AUGGGCGAAUUCCGGCGGCUUGUCCACCAGCCAUGGGAGACCUACAGGACGCCAUUGGGCCGCCAGCGGGGCGUUCCCGAGUAUGACUGCCUAGCGGUGCCGCAGUACGACCUGGAAGACGUCCCCGACGACAGCUACCCCCAGACGUACUUCAGGUGGGACGGCAGACAUGCUGACGAGGACGUGGGAGUCCACGUGCCCUACUUCCACGCCGAGCGGCUGCCGAGCCACCCCCAAGACACCCAUCCCGCCAGCCGGUUCUCCAGGGACGGGCUCGGCAAGCACAGCACACUGAUGGCGAUCGAGAUGGUUGACGACAAGGGUAGACAAGGGGCGGGAUUCGAUGGGGAGGGUGCAGCGGAGAUCGAUAUGUUUCAGAGGGCGCAAAGGGAGGGACGCCAGCAUUUUGCUCGUCUUAGAGGGGUAAGUCGGUAUGACGUAUGGGGGGGAGCGGGUCAUUCACAUCUCUGUCAUGCUGUCUGUGUGUCUGUAACUAACAUGUAGGCCUAUCAUUAUCGAAAGCGCACGUUCAUCGAAUACGCGGAUUUGCGGGAGGUUCGCACGCUUGAGAGUCAGCUCGGCGAGGGAGGGGCGAUGACUGAGCACGACGCCAGCCGGUGGGCCGGGCAGCUUGUAGAGAGACACACGUCAGUGAACGGUCAGACGCCUUGAUUGCAUCCGGUGAGGCCGAGAGCGGCCCUCGCCCAAGGCAGCAGUCUGACGAGGGCAAGUGAGAACACACGCACAUUCACACACACCGUACUGGCUGUCUGUCUGCAGUGUGAUGUGCAUGUGUUAACAUCCAUCAGAGAGCCGGUGCCCGAGAAGGCUGGCGUGAGGCAUGACGAGCGACGGGCCGACAGGCUGUAUCGGCGGGGCCACUACUGCGCCGAGACACAGAAAGGUAUGUCUGACGUACGUCCAUUGCUGUAUCGCCCAUUUGUUCUUUUGCUAUGAUGCUCCCUUCGCCAAGCAGAUGUCCGCCAGUGAGUUGUUCGGUGAAUGGCGGUGCCCGGCUACUGCCGAACUUCUCACGGAACUUGCCACUGCAGCAUCGUAGUCACGACGCUGACCGAAGCAGCCCAGCCACGAAGCGAUACGAUCUGCACAUGGUGGGUGAGCUGAGAAAACCCAUACAGACAGAGGAAGCAUCGAGCCCCACUCUCUCCCCUCGACUGUCCGUCUGUCGGUUCUGUCAGUCUAUGGUGGUAGCUCAAAGCGCGAUGCGAUACUACCAUGGGUACACAUAUAGCAUAGACACACAAAACGAAUACGUAUCCACACCACCAAUGACUGCAUGCUCUGUGUCGUGUCUGUCUGUUUUGGUUGCAGCCAAGGGAACCUCUCGGACUACCUUGUCAACAAGGAGGGCACCAUAAAGAUCGCCGACAUCAGCGGGGGGAGACCAUUCGAGCGCUAUCGCAAUGUCAGUCAGUAUUCACACGCACACACACCCACACAGCCGGAGGGCACGACUCUCAUUUUGUUCUCUCCGACCGACUUGUGUGUGCCGUGUGGGUUUGCAGGAUGGCACGGUGAAUGUAUUUCGUCAGUUGAUCGCGGACAAGGAGGCCACACCACCGGAGGUCAGUGCACAGACAUACACACAGACAGAGGCAAAUGGAUAAGUGGAGGGACACUCAUGUCUAUGUGGGCGUACGCAUAAGUCUGUGUGUCUCUCUGUGUCUGUCUGUGUGUCUGUGUGUGUGUGUGUGCCCUUCAGGUCGUUGUGUCGAGUCGGUACAACACCAGCUUCGACCCGGAAGAAGCCUCCGUCUUUUGCAUAGGGUACGCAGGGACACAGACAGACAGACAGACAGGAGAGGGCCACAUGCCCGUCAGUCACUUAACUCCGUAUAUCGUCACUGUUAUGUAUCCAUCAGGCACUUGGUCGGCAAGCUCCUCUUUGCCAAGAGCAGCCACCGCCACCUCUCCCCCGAAUCCCUGAAAAUCGUCCGCCACGCCACCGCUGCCGACCCCGCACAGAGACCCACACUAAAUGAACUGAUGGUCCACAGCUGGUACAUAAGGCAUAGAGAGAGAGAGAUCUCGAUGAAUGCCGCAGACCCUCCCUAAUUCAUCGACCGUCUGUCUGUUUGGCUGCCUGCCCUGUUUGAAUCCGUCAGGAUCAUAUUCCCGCCCCCGCCGUCGGCCGUCUAUCAGCCGCCCUCACACCAACCUGCCCCUCAGCAGAAGCCCCGACCCGUCGUGGUGCGGCCCGCCCCACGGGCAGCGGCCCCUCUCUGUGUGCACCAGCCGCCCCAUUAUGGCGGCCCGCUGCACAACCCACCGCCGAUCGCCCCCAUGGGCAUUCCCAUGCACCCCGCCCACAUACCCACACACUUGAAGAGCAGUCAGCCGCCCCCGCCCGCCGUGCCCAUCCCACCACGUUUCCCACCUGCUGGCGCCGGAAUGCGGCCACUGAUAGCACCGCUAGCGCCACAACAUGCACCGCACGGCUAUGGGCCGCCCCCGCCCCACUGGACACCGACACCGCCCGGCAUGAUCCCCAACUGACCACGCCGCUCUUAGAUCGCACCCCUGUCAGCCUGGCAGCGGCGGGCAUCCGCAGAGACAGAAGAAGGUGUUCAGUAUGCUGGAAGGGGUG